GGGCAAGGGCCAAAUCCGGGGAGCAGUGGAGAGACAUGGCGGACCCCGAGGCCGUGGCAGCCGAGGACCUGGACGCCCUCCUCGACGACCUGGACUACCUCCCGGGCCACUUCCACCUAGAGAUGCAGUUGAACUUCGAACCGCGCUCUCCGGCCUCGCUCCGCGCCCGAGACCUGAAGCUGCAGCGGGAUGGCCUGCGGCAGGAGCUGGAGCUUGCGGCUCCCCGGCAGCGCUCGGCGGUGCGCCACCUUCUGGGCACGUUUGCUUUCUACCUGGAGGAGAUAGAUGAGGCCCGCGAGAGCUUCCUUGAGGUGGCCCGUGAGGACUCGGGCAACCUCAACGCCUGGGCCAAUCUGGCGCACGUGUACGGGCGACUAGGGCAAGAGGAAGAGGAAGAGGCUUGUGCUGGGAGGCUGGCCGCCCUCAUGGGCCUGGCGGCUGACCCCAAGACCGACGGAGACCCCCAGCUCCGAGCCGCGCGCUGCCUGGCAGAACAGGGCUAUGCACAUGGCUUCGACGUGGGCCGCACAAGCCCAGAGGAGCACGCGCGGGUGCUGGAGACCGGCAUCGCUCUCUAUGACAAGGCGCUGAGCUACGGGCAGCAGAUCCCCAUGGAGGAGAAAAGGGGCUGGUACUUCACCAUGGCAACGCUUUUCAUAAGGCUAGAUGGCAUCUUCCUGGAGCUGGGCAGCGAGGAGCAUAAGAGACUGCCCGCAUUCAACCGCACAUUGGCCUUGCUCCGGCAAGUCCUCAAGUCCUCGGACCCCCACCACCGAGCUCUGGCCUGGUGCUACCUCGGAAUGCUGCUGGAGAGGAAGGACACCUUCUCCACUACGCCCAUGGGCAUCCACGACUGUGGGUACUCAGGGACCGACCCCCUGGACUGCUUCGGCAAGGCCAUUGAGAUUGCCAAGGACCAACCCCCAAUCCUGAAUCGCCUGGCCAAAAUCUUCCACUUCCUAGGAAAACAGGAUAUGGCCAUUGGCACCUGCAACAUGGCACUGGAUGUCCUACGGGAUCCAGAGCUCAACUGGCAGGCGUAUUGCACAAGGGCCAAGAUCCAUAUCAGAGCCUAUCUUCAUGACCUGGAGCGGGUCAAGAUGGGGCUCGGAGGCAUGCCUGACAGGAACCACCUCGCCUGCGCCAAAGCGGACCUCGAGGAAGUGGUCAAGGUGUGCCCAGGUCUCAAGACCUACCUGGACAUCGGCCAGGUCUACUACUACAUGGGCGUGGACGCAAUGCAGGAGCUGUUGGCAGUGGAUGAGGCGGCGCUGAACCAGGCGCUGGUCUUCUUGGCCAAGGCCGGCGAGUCAGAGCUGGGCGCCACGCUGCCCGAGCUGCAGCUGCUGCGAGGCAAGUGCCUGCGCAUCAAGGGCGAGGAGGCCAACGCAGCGGCCUGCUUCAAACGCGUGGUGGAGCUGGACGACGCAGGCUCCAGCCACACCGAGGGCUUCGGCUGCCUGCUCGAGGCGCUGCUGGCGCAGUGGAGCCAGGCGCAGCUGAGCGACGGGGAGCUGGGCCGCGAGGUGGACGCGUGGCUGCGCUGCGCCCAGGCCAAGUAUCCGGCGGCGAGCCUGCGCCAGGAGCUGCAGCGUGUGUGGCGCGGCCACACAGACGAGGUGCUGGGGCUGGCCCGGGCCUUGGUGGACCAGGGACGGCUGUCGUUGGUGCGGCUGCUCUUUGAGACGAUGGAACACGAAGGCGAGGGCACGGGGACACCGCGAGGCCGCCGAGCGUUCUCCUUCUGAGGGAUCCUGUCGAGGCCCCGCCCCAUCGAGGGCCCGCCCAUCAGAGCCAAUGAGAUUCUCCUUCAGGAACUGGAAUGGGAACCUUGAGACAGUAGGGCAGUCUGACAUGCCCACGGAGGUGGAGGGGCCUGGUUUAGGAAAUGCCAAUUAAAGGACAGAAUUGGGCAAAUGUGCAGAGAAAAUAAGAGGGCUGCCACUCUCCUAAGAGAAACGUAAGAUAACUGUCUCAA